GCUCGCGUGGCCCCGCUUCGGCUCCCGCGGCGGCGGCGGCUGCAAGAUGGCGCAGGCGAUCUUCGAGGCCCUGGAGGGAAUGGACAAUCAGACCGUCCUGGCUGUCCAGUCGUUGUUGGAUGGCCAAGGAGCGGUCCCUGAUCCAACAGGCCAGAGCGUCAACGCACCCCCUGCCAUCCAGCCACUGGAUGACGAGGACGUCUUUCUCUGCGGGAAGUGUAAGAAGCAGUUCAACUCACUGCCAGCGUUUAUGACCCACAAGCGGGAACAGUGCCAGGGGAAUGCCCCACCCCUGGCCACAGUCUCACUGGCCACCAACAGCAUCUACACGCCUUCGGCAGCACCCACAGCGGUCCAGCAGGCCCCACCUCCUGCCAAUCGCCAGAUCUCCACAUAUAUCACAGUGCCCCCAUCCCCGCUGAUCCAGACCCUGGUGCAGGGGAAUAUCUUGGUGAGCGAUGACGUGCUCAUGUCUGCCAUGUCAGCCUUCACGUCUCUGGACCAGCCCAUGCCCCAGGGCCCCCCACCAGUGCAGAGCAACCUGAACAUGCAUUCCGCGCCCAGCUACCUCACCCAGCCUCCACCACCUCCUCCACCGCCUCCACCACUGCCCCCACCCCCACCCCCCCAGCCUCAGCCACCCCCACCCCAGAGCCUGGGCCCCCCCGGGCGUCCCAACCCUGGUGGGAAUGGCGUGGUGGAGGUGUACAGUGCCACGGCACCCCUGGCUGGGAGUGGGACGGUGGAGAUCCAGGCGCUGGGAAUGCAGCCCUACCCACCCCUGGAGGUGCCGAACCAGUGUGUGGAGGCUCCAGUGUACCCCACGCCCCCGGUGUACAGCCCCGGAAAACAGGGAUUCAAACCGAAAGGACCAAACCCUGCUGCCCCCAUGACCAGCGCCACCGGGGGCACAGUGGCCACCUUUGACUCCCCGCCAGCACUGAAGACCCGACGGGUCAAAGGUGCCAGUGGACUCCCAGAAGCUGCGGGGAAGCCAAAGGCUCAGAAACUCAAGUGCUCGUACUGUGACAAGUCUUUCACCAAAAACUUUGACCUGCAGCAGCACAUUCGAAGCCACACUGGUGAGAAGCCCUUCCAGUGCAUUGCAUGUGGCCGUGCCUUUGCCCAGAAGUCUAACGUCAAGAAACACAUGCAGACUCACAAGGUGUGGCCUCCGGGGCGCAGUGGUGGCACCGUCUCUCGCAACUCUGUGACUGUACAGGUCAUGGCCCUGAACCCCAGCAGGCAGGAGGACGAGGAGAGCACAGAGUUGGGCCCGCCCCUACCAAGCGCCCCGCAGCCCCAGGCCUUGCCCACAGCGGGCGAGGAUGAGGGGGACAAGCUGGAGGCCAAGCAGGUGGUCCUCAUCGAUAGCUCCUACCUGUGCCAGUUCUGCCCCAGCAAGUUCAGCACCUACUUCCAGCUCAAGUCCCACAUGACCCAGCAUAAGGACGAGCAGGUGUACAAGUGUGUGGUCAAAAGCUGUGCCCAGACGUUCCCGAAGCUCGACGCGUUUCUGGAGCACAUCAAGAGCCACCAGGAGGAGCUGAGCUACCGCUGCCACCUCUGCGGCAAGGAUUUCCCGUCGCUGUACGACCUGGGCGUGCACCAGUACUCCCACAGCCUCCUGCCGCAGCACAGCCCCAAGAAGGGCAGCGCCGUCUACAAGUGUGUCAAAUGCGUCAACAAAUACUCCACCCCUGAGGCCCUGGAGCACCAUCUGCAGACCGCCACUCACAACUUCCCCUGCCCGCACUGCCAAAAGGUGUUUCCUUGCGAGCGCUACCUGCGGCGUCACUUGCCCACCCAUGGCAGUGGGGGCAGGUUCAAGUGCCAGGUGUGCAAGAAGCUCUUCCGGCGGGAGCACUACCUCAAGCUGCACGCUCACAUCCACUCAGGUGAGAAGCCCUACAAAUGCUCGGUGUGCGAGUCCGCGUUCAACCGCAAGGACAAACUGAAGAGACACAUGUUGAUCCAUGAGCCGUUCAAGAAGUACAAAUGCCCCUUCUCGACACACACAGGCUGCAGCAAAGAGUUCAACCGGCCAGACAAGCUGAAGGCUCACAUCCUCUCCCACUCAGGCAUGAAGCUCCACAAAUGCGCCCUGUGCAGCAAGUCCUUCAGCCGCCGCGCCCACCUCGCCGAGCACCAGCGCGCCCACACGGGCAACUACAAGUUCCGCUGUGCUGGCUGUGCCAAGGGCUUUUCCCGCCAUAAAUACCUCAAGGAUCACCGCUGCCGCCUCAGCCCCCAAAGGGACAAGGACCUGCAAGCCCGGCGGCCCCCCCGGAGGAGGGCAGCCCCCCGCAGUGGCAGCAGUGGCGGGUGCAAGGUGGUGACCCCCCUGCCCGACCCGCUGGGGCUGGAGGAGCUGAAGGACACAGGGGCUGGGCCAGUGCCCGAGGCUGCCCCAGGCAAGCCGCCCUUCUCGGAGCCAGACGCUGUGCUGUCCAUCGUAGUGGGUGGCACAGUGGGUGGCGAACCUGAGCUGGUAGUGCCCGGGCAUGCCGAGGGCCUGGGCUCCAACCUGGCGCUGGCAGAGCUGCAGGCAGGGACCGAGGGCCCGUGUGCCAUGCUCGCUGUGCCCGUCUACAUCCAGGCCUCGGAGUGAUGGUCCCGUGGCGUUUGCUCCCACAGCCCGGCCUGAUGCUCACCUUGGGGUCUGGGGCCUCUGGGGCAGACUAGAGAUCCUUCCCAAUGGAAGAGAGCCAUCAGCUGAAGUCUUUUUGGAACGCCGUUUAUAAACCCUGGCCGUGGCUGCCUCGCUGUGUCCCCUAUCCUGCUGCAGAGCCCUGCAGCAUUCUGAGAUCUGAGGCAGGGGUGAUGGCAAGAGAGAUGGCUGAGCCUGAGCUGCCCAAGGUCUGACUGAUCUAGGCUGGUGGUCGGGUCACCUAAGAGAGAAGCCAGGGUGGUCCCGCCCACCUCAGGAUGGCCUCAAGUCAAGCUGCUCUUCGGAAGAUCUGACGUGGUUGGAGCCCUUCUCUGCUGGACCUUUUCACGUACGGUUCCUCGCAGCAUCCCCAGAUGACUCUAUGGUGUAGGCAUUUAGGAGGCACUCAAGUGUUGUGGUUAGAAUGCAGCUAUCAGCCAGCUCUGGCUUCAAAUCCAAGUGCUGCCACUCACUUGCUGUGUGACCUUGGGUAAGUCACUUCACUUCUCUGAGCCCUGUGUUCCUCAUCUGUACAAUGGGGCUUACGACAGUACUACCUCACAGGGCUGUUAUGGGGAUCCAGUAUGAUGAAGUAUGCAAAGGACUUGGCAUAGUACCCAGCACUUGGAAAGUGCUCAUAAAUGUUUUUAUCAAAAUGUGUGUCCACGUGGCUCAGGCCUCAGCUUUGGCAGUUUCUUUCUUAGUCCCUAGGUGGCAGCACUUCCCCCUCCAAAGUGUGGGGGCUGAGCAGUCCUGUGGCUCCUCCUGCAUGCCUGUGCUGGCCAACGUUUCCCGUGGAGAGGUCAUAAAGGAAGGAGCAGGUUUGGUGCUCCCAGACAGUUGUUUCAGAACAUGGCCCGUGGAAACCCCCAGGGGGAGGCGUUUAACUCGCUUUUGAAAAUGCGGGAUCCUGGGCCUUGCCCCAGACUGUUUGGAAUCAGAAACUCUGACCAGAGCCAGAGGUCCAUCUGAGCAGGCCUCUGGAGGCUGUAGAUGCCCCCACCUCCUCCCCAGCUAGUCCAGUGAGGAAGCAAACCAGGCUCAUCAGGGGGCAGGGAGGGAGCAAAGGAGCCUUGACCACUGUUUCCUCGUGUACCUUCACAACCACCCUGCUGGACCACAUUGCCUCCGUUACAGGAGGAGAAACUGAGGCUCGAGAGGGGACAGGGCAGGACACAGCAGAGCUGUCUCAGUUUGGUGACCGAGUUUCCUUGAAGGCUGGCACGUCCCUCAGACAUCUGUGCUGGGGCUCAGGGCUGGAGCUCAGAGCAAGCCAGACGCCCCCACAUCCUCAGGAAGGGACAGAUGCAGUGGGAGGGACAAACGAGGCCAGAGUACACGGCUGAGGGCGUGAGGGCUGUAAAUGUACCCGGCCCUCAAAAAGCCCAGAAGAGGGACUAGUGGGGACAGCAAACGUUGGAGGAGGUGGCGUUUGAGCUGGGCCUUGACACAAAGUGUUUCGAUGGAUGGAUAGAUACAGGAAGGCAUGCCAGGUAGAGCAAGGCACAAGCGAGGAUCUGGAGGUAUGACACUGCGAGGCCUGUCGCGUUCCAAGGCCCAUGAAUGGUCCAGGGUGACCAGAGAUCUGGGGAGAGGGGAUAGAUCAUGAUAAUCGCUGACAUGCUUCAAGCUUCCAUGUGAUGGACACUGUGCUAAAGCCUUUUCUGUCACAUCUCCUCAGCCCCAUCAGGUGAGAAUUGUUACAUUCCUUAUUUUACAGAUGAGGAAACUGAGGCACAGAGAGGCAGAGUCCCUUGCCUAGGCUCACACAGCUACUAGGUCAGUGAGCUGGGCUUCAAGCUGGGCGGCCUGCCUCCAUGUGCUCUUAGCCACUUGCUCUGUUGAGAUAUGGGUUGGUGUCGAGUCAGAGAGAGCCUUGGAUGUUGGGUUAAGGAAUUGGGCUUUAUUCUCUACAUGAUGGAGGAGUCAUGGGAGGCAUUAAACAUUUUUUUAAGUUGUAACAAUGACAUUAAAGGAUAUAUUAAAAAACA